GAGAUCUUCCACCAGGGCACCGGAAGUCGACGUCCAAUUGCUGUCAGUCGCAGAAGGCACAGCCAGCGGCGGAGAGUGUCUGGACCGAGGCAAUGAGUGCCUGUAAAAAACAGUCAAUUCCUCGAAAAAUAUCUACCAUGUCUGCAGCUUUCUACGUUUGGUUUCUCUUUUGGUGCUUCCAGACCAACACAGCCGGAGCACAGCUGCCCCCCCCACACAACUUGAAGAUAAACUCCAUGAACACCAACUACACCCUGAUCUGGGAGUGGGACCUUGGCUCUGCAGAUAACGGCACCGUCAGCUUCACCACACAAUAUGUGGCGAAGUACAAGCUGAGAAAUCUGAAAAAGAGUCUGAGCUGGUACACGGGCUGUGAGACGACGUCACAUAGGUCAUGUGACCUUACAAAGUUGAAACUGUACUACCUGGGCAUCUUCAGGUUCCGUGUGCAAGCCAGUGUGAACGGGAGAGUCUCUGAUUGGGCCACGAUGGACUUCUGCCCCGAUAAAGAUGCUGCUCUGGGUCCUCCGAGCAAAGUGGCUCUUUCUCCUGAAGGCAGAAACCUGGACAUUCUAAUCUCCGACCCUAUGACCAGCACCAACAGCUCCAUGAAGGAGCAUCAUGAGGACCUGUAUUUCCAGGUCCUGUACUGGGAACGCUCUGCAGACGCUCAGGCCGCCAGACAGACUCUGACCAGCAAGACCAACGUGGUGACACUGUCCCACCUGAAGGCCUGGACCUGUUACUGUGUGAGUGUCCAGUCACGCUACGACUUUUACAACAAAAGCAGCAGCUUCACCCCCCCACUCUGCAUUCAGACUGAAGGAUCCAUCCCGUGGUGGGAGGUCUUUGGGUACUUCCUGCUUUCCCUGGUGAUCUGGUUCUUGGUCAUGCUGCUCUUUAUCUACGGUUUCUUGGCGUGCUUCAAGGAACUGAAGGCGACGUUUUACCCCUCCGUCCAGCUGCCUGCACUCUUCCAGUACCUCUGUGACUCCUCUGGGUCGGACAUUCCUCGCCUCCUCACCGAGUCUGACUCGGAGCUGUUGUGUGAUAAGGUGACAGUCUGUCCAGCUCCCCCGGUCCUGGAGAUCCACAACCCGCCCCCUGAGUUCCUACCCGAGCCAACGGGCCUGGAGACAGACAGCAGUGGCAAACACAGUCGCAGCAGCAGUGGCAGCGGAGACUCCGGGGUUUACUCCACCGGGGGCAGCUCCAACCUGCGGCAGCAGCACUCUGGUCAGGACUCUCAGGGUCCCCUGGACUCGCAGCAGGUUAAAAUGCACGACAUGGCUCUCGGGCUCAAGACACACCUCCUGAUUGCAGACGAGGGCAUCGUAGACAUGUGUGUGUGAGUGCGAGCGCACAAAAAGCUGCUUCUUUUAAGGAAAGCACUGAGCAGAGAUAUUGUGGAAACGUGCAGCGUGCCUUCUCUCCGUCUGUCACUGUGAUCAAAGGAGAGGAAAGAAAGACUAAGAAAACAAAAGAUGAGUGAUAGAUGUGUUUUUCUCUGUUGACACGUCUCUCUUCACAGAUCUUCAGAUACUUUUUGACACCAACCAGAAGGACUGCUCUCUGCUUAUUUGAAUAUGUUGUGCAUUUUUUGUCUCCACCCUCAUGCUGCGAUUACGUUUUGAUAUCUCUCUUACUGUAUUAUCACUUUUAGGACUUAACAUAAGUAGCUUAUGUGCUAAUAAGGAAGCUUUGAUCAAAAUAACAGUGGAUGUGUGACGCUUUGAAGGGAAUCUUCUCACAAAAUAUGAGGACAUUAAUGCGAAUGACAAAAUAAUAACACUUAGCUGUAGAGUAAUGCAGAACAGCUCAACAGCCCCCUGGCAGUGCUGGUCAUUGCCAGUUAAAAAGAAGGCCUGCAUGUAUUGUGUCUCCAACACCUUCUUCUUUAAAGGGAUUGCUUUUUGUUGAUCACUAUCAGAAACGGCCACAUUUCUCCACAUGAAAGGAAACAUUUGCCACCCAGUUACUAGCGCAAGAGGUUUUGUUUCUGUGUUUAAGAAAAUAAAUGUUGAGUUAUUUUAUAUACUUUCGUCUAGUCAGUAAAGAAAUGUAACCAGAUUUUAUACCCAGAUAAAAUAUGAAUGACUCACCUUAAAGUAACGUGUUUUUAUGUUUGUGGGAACUAUGUGAAGGAAGCUUGUAAUUAUGACUCAAGCAUCUGAAUCCAUUUAUGAUUCUUAUAGAAUUCCAGCUUUCCACCCUCUGUUCACACAUUUGUUUUUAAGAUUUAAGAAAGAGAACACAUCCAGACAGUCCGUGUAUGUUUUCUGUUACAUGUGUAUCUGUGUCCACAAAUACAGAAAGAAGUUAUAAAUGUUGUGUACAGUUUAUUAAACAACCUCCAUAACUUUGAUAUGCUUUAGGACAACAAAUGCCCUUUCCUGGUUCUGCAGUGCUACAGGUAAGAUGUACCUGUGUCAUUCAGAGGAAACGAAACAAACUGAUCUGCAUGCAACGUGAUGUCCGUGAAACCAACAUGAAUUUUAAGUCUGUCUGAUGUAACCUGAAACUGUGUGUAAGCAUAAUGUUAAGAAAGUGAAGCCCAUGUUGAUAGACAAUCGUGAAAAUGAAAUAAAUCCCCUCCAAAAUCAAA